AUGGACUCAGUUGUAUCGGACAAAAUGCUGCCCCGAGAUCCUCGAACUGAGGGAUGGCCCCUGGUAGGGAAUCCACUCGGAAUCAUCCUGCUCCUCGUGGUCUAUGUGUUGUUAGUGACGAAGAUCGGUCCCCGAUGGAUGGAACACAGGAAGCCUUUCAAUAUACGGAAUUGGAUAGCAGUGACGAACGCCAUUCAAGUGUUUUUCAACGCAUACUUCUCCUACCAAUUCAUGAAGCACACCUACAUAUACGGAGGAUACAACAUAUGGUGCCAAGGAGUCUCUCUAGUCGUCAACGAGCAAGGAGAGCGUCUCGCCUCUUUGUGCUGGUACUAUCUCAUGGUGAGGAUCGGUGAUUUCCUCGAUACCGUGUUCUUCGUGCUGCGGAAGAAGUUCAGCCACAUAAGUUUUCUACACGUCGUGCAUCACGUGCUGGUCGUUUUCAACGGAUGGUACGGACUGACGUAUGGUUUCGAUGGGCAAGCGAUGCUCAGCAUAUGCAUUAACAGUUGUGUGCACAUACUCAUGUACACCUAUUACCUCUUGUCGCUCUUCAAAAUCAGCUGGUUGGGCCGAGUCAAGCCGUACCUGACAAUCGUUCAAAUCUCGCAGUUCUGCGCCAUCUCCUUGCAUUCUCUCGUGCCAUUGUUCCUCGAAUGUGGAUACCCUGUGCAACACACGAUAUUGAUUCUCGGCGAAGCGCUUUUCUUUUUAGCGCUCUUCCUCAACUUUUACAGAAUGGCGUACAGCAGAAAGGGAGCUCAUCCAAAGGGAGCUUGA